AUGGCAAGUGGAGCGAUCAGGUACACAAGUGACUAUCGAGUAGUCAGUCGCGACACCAAUGUUCUGGAUACAGAAGAGAACUGUAGAAUUAAAUGUGUCUGGAGCGGAAAAGUUAAUAACGAUUAUCAAAUCGAUUUCACCUGGAAAUUCGAUUGGAAUGAACUCAAAAAUCAAGGAGUCGCCGAGAUCACUGGACACAUUACUGUUUCGUCAAAUAACAAUUCGUUCACUCCAACGAGAAUUGAUGUAAAAAUUACGGAAGAUAAUCAAGAAAUCACAAAAGUAGUCGGAAGCGGUUAUACUACUUAUACUGUUUACUACGAGUAUUCUCUCACUCCCCACUACGCUCUGAUUUCUGAGAAGCCAGGUUACGACAAGAUGUUUGCACCAUCCGAUCAGAAUGACACGAUUCUGGUUGUUGGAGGAAAAAAGCUUCAUGUCAACAAAUCUUUCCUCUCGUACCACUCCGAAUACUUCCGCAAACUCUUCUCUUCGGACUACAAACAGGGCGAUGCCAAGCCGCCAAAGCGCCAGCGUAAGCAAAUUCCUGAUAACAAAGACGGACAAAUUGAACAGAUUCCGAUCAAAGAUAUCUCAUUCAAAGAUUUCGCUCUUCUUCUCAGCACUUUCUAUCCGAAUCCAGUGUUCCCAACCGACGCAACUGUUGAGAAACUUCUCAAAUUGGCUCGCCGCUUUGUGGUUUCUUCAGUUAUUAACAUUAUCGAGUAUCAUCUUCUAAACAACUCCAAAAUCAAUAGUGAAAAGAUGUUGUGGAUGGCUGACGAGUAUUUGAUGCCAAAACUUCUCGAAAAGUGUAUUCGUGGACUGAACACAGUGGAGAAAGCGAAGAAAUUGGAUCAAUCUCCGGAAUACAAGAAGCUGUCGGAUAGUGCCAAAGCGAAAGCACUCGACCGUCUCAUCAAAUUGUUCUAA